AUGCCCCAAGGCUCAGCGCAUCACGAACACGCCACCAAUGUGAAUACCAAUCCUGGUACUACUACGAGAAUGUCCACAACACCGGCACCCCAACACAUUGUUGACAAGGUCAACGAAAAACAAAUGGAAUUACGACAACUGGAGCAGAUCGCCAAUCACAGCGAGCAAGUGGCUAAACAGUUGGAGUCUUUAUCAAAGCACUUUAAAAGCCUAUCGAAUAAUGCAAAAAAGGUCGACAAGGCAUUCACCAACUGGCAUACAGUAUUUCGUACCAUGGGGAUGCUUACCGACGACACGCUCAACAAAGGUCAUCCAACUAUUGUCAAGUUACCUAUCCAUGAUGGCGAAGAUGACAAGAAACAACAAUAA